AAACUUUAGUAGACGUAUUUUAUAAAUAAAUACUAUUAAACAAUAUGCAUUUAAGUAUAUAGUGCGUUAUAAAUAUUGUUAACAAUAAGUGAUCCGAUUAAGUUAUGUGAUUAUACUUGGAUUAAGUAAAGUUGUAAGUUUAAGUUGAAAAUGAUGCCGAUGCGUAAAGUGGCCCACCGAGCAUGUUUCAUCGUAAGCAGAACUGUCUAUAUGACAUGUUGUUGCGGAUGUUGUUCCGCUCUAAGGCCGCGUUACAAGCGGCUAGUGGACAACAUCUUCCCUGCCUCUCCACAGGAUGGACUGGUCAAAUCCAACAUGGAAAAGCUCACGUUCUACUCCCUCUCCAGCCCGGAAAAGCUGGACAGGAUCGGGGAAUACCUCUUUCAGAAGGCCUCCAGAGAUAUAUACAGGAGACGACAUGGUUUCGUAAUAAUCGCUAUGGAAGCGAUGGACCAAUUGCUGCUGGCGUGCCAUUCGCAGACACUCAACCUAUUCGUAGAGAGUUUCCUCAAGAUGGUGCAGAAGCUUCUAGAAUCUACAGAUCCCCAGCUACAGAUACUGGCAACACAGAGCUUCGUCCGCUUCGCUAAUAUAGAAGAGGAUACGCCAUCUUAUCACCGGCGGUACGACUUCUUUGUGUCAAAGUUCUCCGCAAUGUGCCACAGCAACCACGGCGAUAAGCCUAUCCGAGAUAAGAUACGACUUGCCGGAAUACAGGGUUUGCAGGGGGUGAUAAGAAAAACUGUAUCCGAUGAUCUUGUAGAGAACAUUUGGGAAGCCCAACAUAUGGAUAAAAUUGUACCGUCUCUGUUGUACAACAUGCAGGUAGCGGAGAAAUACGAGACAGUAUCUUGUAUGGAGACGGAUGGUCGCGAUGGUGCGGAGGAGGACCCCUCGCGACUGGCGGAGGCCUGUCUCCGCGAGCUGGUCGGCCGCGCAUCCUUCGGCCAUAUACGUAGUGUGUUGCGACCUGUGCUCACACAUUUUGAUCGACAUGAACUCUGGGUGCCGAACGACUUCGCUGUUCACACAUUCAAGAUUAUCAUGUUCUCUAUUCAGGCGCAGUAUUCUUAUAGCGUAGUGGAAGCAUUAAUGCAGCAUUUGGAUGCUGGAUCAGGAGGUGGAGCUGCUCGUACGAGAGUGAGAGCUGCUCGCGCAUCUGUACUCAGUAAUAUUGUGGCCAUUGCAGCUGCUGAUAGUGUUGGUCCAUCUGUAUUGGAAAUCAUCAACAAUCUACUAACCAACUUAAGAGCGUCCGUGGCUAGAGAUUCUGAGAAAGAGAGUGAGGAGAAGUUAUACCAGGAGGCGCUGAUCAAUGCAUUGGGAGAGUUUGCGGAUCAUUUGCCCGAUUACCAGAAGAUAGACAUCAUGAUGUUCAUCGUGAGCAAGAUACCCAGCGGACAGAGAGCUGGGAAACCAGCAAAGCCUGAUGUGAUGCUGCAGAGCAUAUUGCUUAAAUCACUGCUCAAGGUUGGAACUACAUACAAAACGACAGAAUUAAGCAAGGCUUUCCCGGCGGCGUUCCUCGAGGCGUUACUGCGUUUGUCGAGUGCAGGAGAACCUUGCACACGAGCAUUACUGCAGCGUAUCCUGCACACGCUGCUCGACAGGCGUGGAAACGCUGCUUUACUUGCUCUACCCACAGUGGAUUAUGCAGAACUAGGUCUAACAGUGGAGAAAUGUUCUAGACCUGAUUUGAUAUUUAUCAGCAAACAUGGAUAUGCUAUAUUUAGCUCCUUAUAUGAUGGUCUUCAACUGGAAUCAAACACUGUAGAGAAUGUGGAAGCUAUAUAUACAACACUGGCUUUGCUCUGCAUUGAACUGGCUUCUGAAGAGACCGUACCUGAUAUGCUGCAAUUGAUACUUGCUAUUCAGCAAUCAGCUCUAAACAACCCGGUGUUAUCAACCGCUCAGCAAUGUCGACUGCACGCGGUGGCAUUGUCACUAUGCGCUUUGCCAGCACACGUGUUAGUACUGCCAGCGCUUAAAGACUACGUUUCCAAGAUUAUAGAAGCUCGUCGUGAGGAGGCGCCACAUCUUCUCCCCCCACUUCUAGAAGAUUACGACAACUUGUCACCCUCGAGAAUGCCAUCCAAGAUGCCAUAUCUGAUGAUUGACCAGAUGGCGUUGUGCGAGUGUGUGAAGGCGAGUGGUAUUGACGGCAGCCGGCUGCAGUCACCACUGCCGUAUAGCGCUGGUGGAGCACCAGGACUUGCACACCGACAUAGCUGGGUAGAGGCAGGUGCUGCACAAGGUCGAGACAGCCUGGCGGAUAUCGCAGCAGGUCCUGCCGAGCUUGACAGUGCCAACAGCUCGCCUGGUGUCACACGACAUACGACGCAGUCAGACAGCGUGAGUCUGGAGGCGCUACGUCGCGCCGCGAACGGACCCAGCGAGGCUGAGAAGCGAGAGGCUGAACGAAAGAAGGCCUCACUCAACAACACGUUUAGGACUGCGCCAUUUGAUUAUCUGCUGCAUCUUACACAGCCAAAGUACGAGAUCCAGGACAAGCUGCAGGAGAUAUUCUCGUCGCUGUCUCAGGAGCCGCUGCUGGCGGGCGGCUCGCCCAGCGCCAAGCUGCGCCGCGACCACGACCACGCGCUGCCAGAUCUCUUCCUCUGCUGAACUGUAUGCUCACUGCAAGAUGUUAAAAGCCGUUAUUUAUAGCAUAUUCGCACAUUAACAGUUAUUAAAGUGUUUCAUAAUACUUUAAACACGCUUCCAUGACUAAUAGUGGGUUUCUGAGACAAUAAUCUCUAUUUAAAAUAUAUUGUUAUGUCUAUUUUGUCAAA